CCGCCCCGCCCCGGCCCGGACGGCUUCGGAGCUGGUGUGGAAGUCGUGGUCGUCGCGCCCCGGAUGUCCUGCUGGCCGUGAGCCUGCUCCUGAGACCAUGUCUGCCAACGAGACAGAGGCCAAUGCUGGCACCCAGGUGACAGUGGAAGAACCGGUACAGCAGCCGAGCGUGGUGGACCGCGUGGCCAGCAUGCCCCUCAUCAGCUCCACCUGCGACAUGGUGUCGGCCGCCUACAGCUCCAUCAAGGAGACCCACCCGCACGUCAAGACCAUCUGCGACGCGGCGGAGAAAGGCGUGAAGACCCUGACGGCCAGCGCCGUCAGCGGGGCCCAGCCCAUCCUCUCCAAGCUCGAGCCCCAGAUCGCGUCAGCCAGUGAAUACGCCCACCGGGGCCUGGACAAGCUGGAGGAGAACCUGCCCAUCCUGCAGCAGCCCUCGGAGAAGGCCCUAGCGGACGCCAAGGAACUCGUGUCGUCCAAGCUGUCCGGGGCCCGAGAGAUGGUGUCCAACACGGUGUCCAGUGCCAGGGACACGGUGGCCACCCGGAUGACAGAGGCGGUGGACAUGACCCGUGGCGCUGUGCAGAGCAGUGUGGACAAGACUGCGGUGACCAGUGGUGUCCACUCCGUGGUGGGCUCCAGCGUGGGCCAGAUGGUGCUGAGCGGGGUGGACGCGGUGCUGGGCAGGUCGGAGCAGUGGCUGGACAACCACCUGCCCAUGACGGACACCGAGCUGGCCCGCAUCGCCACGUCCCUGGAGGGCUUCGACAUUGCGUCGGUGCAGCAGCAGCGGCAGGAGCAGAGCUACUUUGUGCGCCUGGGCUCCCUCUCGGAGAGGCUGUGCCAGCACGCCUACGAGCACUCGCUGGGCAAGCUGCGGCUCUCCAAGCAGAGGGCCCAGGAGGCCCUGCUGCAGCUGUCGCAGGCCCUCAGCCUGAUGGAAACUGUCAAGCAGGGAGUGGAUCAGAAGCUGGUGGAAGGUCAGCAGAAGCUGCACCAGAUGUGGCUCAGCUGGAACCAGAAGCAGGUCCAGGGCACGGAGAAGGACCCAGCCAAGCCAGAGCAGGUCGAGUCCCGGGUGCUCACCAUGUUCCGCGACAUUGCCCAGCAGCUGCAGGCCACCUGUGUCUCCCUAGGGUCCAGCAUCCUGGGCCUGCCCACCAACGUGAAGGACCAGCUGCAGCACGCCCGCCGCCAGGUGGAAGACCUCCAAGCCACCUUUUCCGGCGUCCACUCCUUCCAGGACCUGUCCAGCAGCGUCCUGACCCAGAGCCGAGAGCGGGUCGCCAAGGCCCAAGAGGCCCUCGACCAUGUGGUUGAGUAUGUGGCCCAGAACACACCCAUCAUGUGGCUUGUGGGGCCUUUUGUCCCCGGAGUCACUGAGAAAGCCCCAGAAGAGAAGAAGUAGAGAGAGAGGAAAGGGUUUGGGGGGCUCUGUUCCACGCUGGGGGGCUGGCAGCAGUAGUAUAUUCCUCAUUUUAAACCAACUUUUUCUAAGCGCUCCUCCCAGCUCAUCUUAGCUGCCAACUUGGGAAACUGAGGCUCUCAAAACUGAGAUGUCCCAUUUGCCGUAAGGGCAGACCAACAAGUUUUUCUAUUUUUGAGCUACCUACCUCUUUUUAAUAGGGGUGACUCCUCCAAUUGCCAGGGAGAAAUUGUGGCAUCUGGAGUGAGAGCGUAGGAACAGCAAAGCAAAGCAAAGAAACAAAACACCGGGAUGUCCCCAGCUGACCAGUCUCUCAGCCCCUGUGAGCUGGAAGCAAGCUUGUGCGAAGCCUCACCCCAUCAGUCAGUAGUGAGAGGUUUUUGGAUAAAUAUUUUUUCUGGAUGGUUCCAAAAAAAAAUUUUUUUUUUCCCUUCCUAAAAAUCACAGAUGUAGUUGAUAUAGUCCACUUCCUUUUCUGUGCUAAGGUCUCUGAGUAUCAGCCUUUAUAGCUAAUGGACUUGAACUUCUGCUCUGAGAAGUGGGGCCUCCCAGGGAUGGGGUGGCUGCUAAGAGAAGAUUCGUUCUAGAGCAGAAACGUGCUGAGGCCUGUCUGGUGUUCAUUAUUGCCUUAAUAAAUGUUACCUGCAGCAACA